AUGCCACGCGUUUCUCGUCAGCUGAUUGAAAACAAUAACGAACGCUUGUCUUUCCCCGUGUCUCUUUUUCCUCUUUUUUUUUCUCUUCUGUUUUUUUUCUUUUUCUUUCUUUUUCUCUUUUCUUUCUUUUUUCUUCUCUCACUUCUCCUUUCUUUUCUCCCCUUUUUUCUUUUUCUCUUUCUUUCUUUUUUCUCCUCUCUUUUUUUUGUUUUUCCUCUCUUUUUUCUUGUUUUUUUUUCUCUCUUUUUUUUUUCCUCUCUUUUUUUCUUCUUUUUUUCCUCUUUUUUCUUCUGUUUUUUUCCUCUCUUUUUUUUCUUUUUUUUUUUCUUUUUUUUUCUUUCUUUUUUUUCCUCUCUUUUUUUUCCUCUCUUUUUUUUCCUCUCUUUUUUUUCUCUUCUGUUUUUUUCCUCUCUUUUUUUCUCUUCUGUUUUUUUCCUCUCUUUUUUUCUCUUCUGUUUUUUUCCUCUCUUUUUUUCUUCUUUUUUUUCCUCUGGUUUUUUCUUUUCUGGUUUUUUUUCCUCUUUUUUUUCUCUUCUGGUUUUUUCCUCUCCUUUUUUCUCUUCUGGUUUUUUCCUCUCCUUUUUUCUCUUCUGGUUUUUUCCUCUCCUUUUUUCUCUUCUGGUUUUUUCCUCUCCUUUUUUCUCUUCUGGUUUUUUCCUCUCUUUUCUCUCUCUUACAUAG